AUGAAGUUAUAUUUCUGGUGUGUCUUUGUCUUCUGCUUCCAGACCAGAGUUUUAACAGGAGAAAUCAACGACUUGGCCAAUCACAGGAUGUUUUCAUUUCACAAGGGAGGUGUAUGGAUUUCUUGCAAAUAUCCAGAGACUGUGCAGCAAUUAAAAAUGCAGUUGCUGAAAGACAGAGACGUCCUCUGUGACCUCACCAAGACCAAGGGAAGCGGAAAUGUGGUGUCCAUCAAGAACCCGAAGUUUUGUCCAUAUCAGCUGUCCAACCACAGUGUCUCUUUCUUCCUUAACAACCUGGACGGUUCUCAGGGCGGCUAUUACUCAUGCAACCUGUCCAUUUUUGACCCACCUCCUUUUCAAAACAAGAUCCUGAGUAGAGAAUACUUGCAUAUUUAUGAUUCACAGCUUUGCUGCCAGCUGAAGCUCUGGCUGCCCAUAGGCUGUGCAGCUUUUGUUGUGCUAUACGUAUUUGGAUGCAUAUUUAUCUUCUGGUUUGCAAAAAGGAAGUAUGGAUCCAGUGUGCAUGACCCUAACAGUGAAUACAUGUUCAUGGCAGCAGUCAACACGGCCAAGAAGUCUAGACUUGCAGGUACAUCUUACCUUAGGGGUCUGGGGAGGGAGGAGUACUCUUCAUGUUAA